UGACAGAAAUGUGUUAUGCAGGGAUUUAACAUUGAAAUCAAUUUUAUCAGAAAAAAAAACACCUUAAAAAGCUACAAUUUAGUUUCUGUAUGUAAUUUGUGACCGGCUAUAGAAUAUAUUUUAAUUGACAACCCAACUAUACAACAAUUUAAAUUCAUUCAAUACAAAAAAUGAACUAUAUAUUAUCAUUAUAAAAAUAUUGAUAAAUCUCAACGAAGUACAUAAUAAUUUAACAUAUAAAAAUAUAUACAAGUUUGUGUUUAGAAAGUUAAUAAAAUAAAAAAAUUCAACAUUAAAGUUUGAAAAUGGGUGAUAAUUUUCAAAAUAAAACGAUGGCUCCAGUCAUGAUGGAUUAUGAUUUCAAAAUCAAAACACAAAACGAACGCUCAAAAGUGGAAGAUUUGUUUGAUUUCGAAGGUUGUAAGGUGGGACGUGGCACAUAUGGUCAUGUGUAUAAGGCUAGACGAAAAGAUGGAUCCGAUACGAAAGACUAUGCCUUGAAGCAAAUCGAAGGGACCGGUCUUUCUAUGUCGGCGUGCAGAGAAAUCGCACUUUUACGAGAACUAAAACACCCGAAUGUCAUAAAUUUAAUUAGAGUUUUCUUGUCACAUACUGACCGUAAGGUGUGGCUAUUAUUUGACUAUGCGGAACAUGAUUUGUGGCACAUUAUCAAGUUUCACCGUGCUGCUAAAGCUAACAAAAAGUCUGUUAUGGUCCCAAAGGGUAUGGUGAAGAGCUUGCUGUAUCAAAUUCUGGAUGGUAUACAUUAUCUGCACUCAAAUUGGGUUCUACAUAGAGAUUUGAAACCAGCCAAUAUCUUAGUAAUGGGUGAAGGCCCUGAGAGAGGUAGAGUGAAGAUAGCUGAUAUGGGUUUUGCGAGGUUGUUCAAUGCACCGCUAAAACCUCUAGCCGAUUUAGAUCCAGUUGUGGUUACAUUCUGGUAUAGAGCACCAGAAUUAUUGCUUGGUGCAAGACAUUACACAAAAGCUAUUGAUAUAUGGGCAAUAGGCUGCAUAUUUGCUGAAUUACUCACAUCUGAACCUAUAUUCCAUUGCCGUCAAGAGGAUAUCAAAACGAGCAAUCCUUAUCACCACGAUCAGCUUGAUAGAAUAUUCAAUGUAAUGGGUUUCCCACAAGAGAAAGACUGGGAAGAUAUCAGGAAAAUGCCAGAACAUCCUACAUUGAUUAAAGAUUUCAAAAGAUCUAAUUACCAAAAUUGUUCACUUAGUAAGUAUAUGGAUAGACAUAAAAUAAAACCUGACAGUAAAGCUUUCAGUCUUCUCCAACGUCUACUUCUGAUGGAUCCCAAUAGGCGAAUUACAUCUGAACAGGCUAUGCAAGAUCCUUACUUCACAGAGGAUCCAUUGCCUACACAGGAUGUGUUCGCUGGAUGUCCAAUUCCAUAUCCAAAGAGAGAAUUUUUGACUGAUGAUGACCAAGAUGACAAGAGUGAUUCUAAAGCGAGGCAAAAUCAACAACAACAGCAACAGCCUAAUACACAACAGAACCAAGUACAAGCGAAUAGCCACGAUCAUGCCGCAACCAACGCUAAGAGAAUGCGAAUGCAAGGACCAAACCAAGGCAACAAUGCCACGGGUGGUGGGCAGCAGGAGUUCCACCAACAACAACAAAUGAUGUUUGGAGGUCAACAACAAGGAGCCAACUCGCAGCAGCAAGGGAAUUUCCAACAGAGAUUCUAGAACAGCUAUGCACAACUCUAUUUCUAUGGUCCACAGUCAUAUUAUACGUAUUAAAUGAUGCCAAAUGCAAUGAGUUAAAAUGUUGAUUCUGAAUGUAUAGAAAAUUAUCAUCAUAUCGAAUAUAAUUUAUUCAAUAUUAAGGACAAUUUUACCUCAUCUAUACAAGUAAAAAAUAUAUUGCCUUCUCGAAUAUUCUCUUAUAUCUUCUCCCCAGUUUUAUUGCAGACUAUUUGGAACUGGGAACAAACUCAUCAACUUACACUCAAACACAGGACAAAAGAGCAUCCAAUGCAUCCGAGCAUAUGAUGUUAACUAUGUAUUUAAAUACAAUUUUGUUAUGGAUGAAUAUGACACAGUGCAUAUCCGGCUCUGUUAACAGUAUAAGCUGACCGGGUGCCUGUGGAAGAUGUUAUGAUGUAUACGACGCCAAUCGUGGAGAAUUCACUAAUAAAUAACCACGAUUGUUUCUAGGUGUUACCGCGUGUAAGUCGACCUGACAGUAAUGUAUUAUAAAUUGUUAUCCAUGGCGCCACUACGCGCCAUUAGUACCAAUCUCUUCCCACUUAACAACUAAUUAAUGUUCUAUUCUU